GCGGGUGGUGGUGGUGGAUGUUGGCGGUGGGGUACAGGUGUCGCGGCGGUCUGGCCAGUGGAGCAGCACAGUGUGGGGUAAGGGAGGGAGGCACGCGGCGCGGCGUGUCUUUGCCGCGCGUCGCCUGGGUGCGCUGCGCCGGCGAAACGUUGGGAAACGACUUUACAGCAACGACCGCUACUCCCAGGCUGGUGGCGUGCGCUGAAUCCCGCCCUGUCUCCAGCCCCUUCCCCCUUCUCCCCAGCCUGCCCCCCAACCACGACUACUCCGCGCUCACUGCCGCACAGCACACUUCAUUGUGCACCGCCCCGCGCGGCGACUCCCGCGUCUUGAGAGCGGUGCAGCGUGCAGUUGUGCUGUGUUGUGCUGGCGUCUUCCCCACAGCGGCUGUCGUCGUGUGGUGACCGCACGCUUCCCUGCUCCCAUUCAGUCUCUCUCGUCAGCCGUGCUUGAUGGUGCCACCCCGGGUCUGGAUACACGCGCUGUUGCUGUUUACCACCGCCGUGGAUAUGUGGAUUCUAAGACAAGACGAGUCGUUGUGAUGUUCUUGCUGUAGAAGUGGUCGUGGGACGAGGUGAGACUACGUGUGUCGUGAAGUUUGUGACCUGCUCAGUCAGUUUGUAACCUGCUGGGUGCAGUAGGAACCUGAGUUCGAGUCGUUUGUGAGGUUCCUGCUGUGGAUGGAACUGAAAGAUGGAUGAGACGGAGACAAAGCACGGCGGAGCGACGACCGAGAGCUAUGAGAACUCUCCGGUCAGUGAGUCGGACAGUGGAGUGGCGUCCGGCAUCUCCUGCGAGGAUAUCAGCCAAACAGGAGCCGAGGCGAAGAUGGAACAAGAGCUUGGUUUUCUGCGGCAGGAGAUUCGAACCCACGUCGCGACGAUCCAUCGACUGCAGACGGCGCUGUACGACCAACAGGCUCGCUCCAAUGCAGCUGCCGUCUCGCUCCGCACACAGCUGCGCAAGAAGGACCAACAGCUGCGCAAGACCAACGGCGAACACGAGCGCCGCAUGUCUGCCAUCUUGUCUCACCUGCUGUACCUGGAGGGCCAGCUGCUGAAGGAGCAGCGUCAGAUGACCGAGGUGCUGCACGAGAAGGAUGACGUCAUCCGUAGACAGCGCGCGGCGAUCGAGGACCUGGCGAGCAAGAACACCAAGCUGCUGGAUGCCCUCAAGGAGGCCCACGGGUACUCGGGUAACAAUGGCAUUCUGAACCCCGCCACCAGGGAAGAGGGUGGCAGUCCGCAGGUGGUGUUGCGGAACAAAGACAAAGCCAGUCCCAGCUACAAGGUGAGGUUUUCGUCGAUGAAAGAUAAACUCCGACGACACAAGAGUAGUUUGGAGCUGUACCGGUCAGAAGGGUUGGAGGUGCCCACAGACAGCCCCCUGCGGUUCGGGAGCCAGGAGAACCUGUCGAGCCUGGCUGGGGGCUUGUCAAGCGACGAAAUGAAGAAGGCGAGGCUGCUAGAGCGGAAGGUCAAGUGUCGCAGUAUGGUGGACUAUCCCUUCCGGUUGAACGACCUGCCGGAGGUGUCGAGUGAGGCGGAGAAAGGUAAGGGCGACCCGGGGAUAAGUGAUGAUGAUGACGACCAGGAUCUCAGCCACGACUCGUCAGCCGGCUCCGCCCAUCGUCUACAUUUGAAGGACGACAACAUCCGCCACAGCUUCAACGAUUUGGAGGACAGCAACAGACAGACGGGCGAGGAACCGAGCGGGUCGCAGGCGUCGUACGGGGAUGUCCCCAGGAGUCCCUCCAUGCCGCAGUCGCUGUCGGUGGUGCUGGAACAGACGCCCCCAUCAGGCGGCAAGGAGCGACCGCACUCGCUGACCGGGGUGGAGGUGUUGAGCAUGGAGAAGGUGUCCAUGUGCCCGAGCCCCACCAGCCCCACACCACCCGGUGCCUCCGACUCCAACCCCUUCAAGAGCUUCAAGAACGUCUUUCGGCGCCGCAACAGCAAACAGCGCAGCAAGAAGCGACCCGUGUCCCUGGGGCAGGAGACGAACAAGGAGUACCACGAGGCCCUCAAAGAACAUUUCAAGAAGUACGACCUGCAAUGACACCAUCUUUCCUGACACCAGGGACUGCAGUGACACAGUAAUUGUGACAUGAGGGACUGCAGUGACAGUCUUUGUGAUGGACCAGCAGUGACACAGUCUUUGUCACACGAGGGACCUUCAAUAACAAUCUUUGUUUAUGACAUAAACCGGUAAUGACAACAUCGUGAAUGAUGUCAGAAUCUCAGUUAGUGUCUGACAACAUGUGACGGUAUUGAUCUCCUGGUGCGCUGAGUGCUUGAGGACAGAACAAAGAUGGUGACAUUUAGGUGACGUGGGUAUCCGCUAACUGACAGGCUAAUAGUUUAGUGCAUGCAAACUGUCACAGUGAGCUCUGAGUGCUAAUUAACGACCACUGGACACGUGUUAGCCUAGGCCUCACCUCGCCUUCUUUGCAUUUUCGUUUCUUUGUUUUUCGGUCCUCAGAUAUGUUCACAUGUUCUGUGAUUUGAAUUUUUUCAUGACUGUCACAAUGAUACCACAGUCACAGAUAAACACCGCACUCACAAACCAUUGUUUCUCCAGCCCGCCAUCGAUUGGCUAUUACCGGUAAUUAGGGAGGAAAACAGAAGAUUUUUUUUUAUUUUUACUUGUGAUGCCAGGGUUGCUGAUGGUUGGGGGGAUGUCUGUGGCAGAUAACUCUGUUGCCUGGGCGCUCGUCAGAGCUCGGCAUCACGGCGUGAGAAGUGUUCGUCUCUCCACAAAUCUGUUUCUUCCUGUCCAAACCUUUCCUUUAACUGUGGGCUCAGUCCUUCUAAAGACAAGUCGCACAAAAAUAUCGCUGCUAAAUUAGGCAAGGGAGACAGCUCAUCAUAAAAAGGGGAGAGCAGUUGUUAUGGAGAUUUGGAGAUUAUUUUUUUUCUCUCUGUGUUUACUUGUUGGCAUGUCUGCGUCUUUCUGUGGGAUCUGUCGGCAAGCAGACGACUGGAGGUAGCCAGGAGGAUCUGAGGCACACCGGGCUAUCCGCGCUUUGCAACAUUUAUCUGUAGCUGCGUGGAUUUGCGUGUAGAGCCUCACUGGUCGCACAGACACCGCCAUUUGUUUUGGAAUAAACUUUCAGUCACUUAUGCAUCCGUUGAUUUAUGGGAGAAGCGUGUUUACUUGCCUCUGUGUGUGUCUGUGUGUGUGUGAGAGAGAGGGGGAGAGCCUUGGUUCCUUUAUCCUCGUUUUGAGACUGUAAUUGUGUGGAGUUUGUCGGACAUUCUCGUCAUUCAGUCACCGCUGAUAUUGUUACAGUCGACUGUCAUACAACGUGGGAACCACCUGAACACAUUUCUCCUGAACCAGAUAAACAAAAGAAUUUUCCUUUUAUCAUACUUUAGAAUUUAGAUGAUAGGCGAGUAUAUAUAUAUCCGGGUAUGUCCUGAAAGGCUAGUUCAGUUCUGUGAAUGAUGCCAGGCGGUCCUGCUGCCUGUUCACCAUCACGUGAUCCCUUCUCUGUCAUGUUAGUUUCUUAUCCCAGGAGUAGGCUGACUGAAACCUUGUAGAGUAGCAGUUGACAAGUCAAGUUGCUAUUUUGUAACUACCAGCACUGAAGACAUAUUGCCGCCACAAGGGGAAGAUGUGACAUGAAGCAUGAUGAUAAGGCUACUUGCUCAGCUGGUCACACCAUUAAAGGGAAGCAACCUCAGACAUGAGCGUGCUGGGGGGAGAGGAAUGAGGCUUCCUUGAGGUCCAGGGGCCACUCUGCAUGCAAACCGCCGAUGACACGAAUAAAGAAACAUGUUGCCAGAAGCUAAGGAGAAAAUAUGACAACGACAGCGCCCCCACAGCAGGAACGACAAAACAGCACUCAUAACGAUAACUCAAUAAGAAUGACCAGCCACUGUACUCAGAAAGAAAGAUAACCCACUAGUCUACAUUCUGCAAUGAAUGAUAACCCGCAACCGACAUCAGGAAGGACAACAAAACACAACAGGAAUGACAACCUACCUUACUCAGCAGGAAGGAUAACUCCCCACACUCAGCAGGAAGGAUAACUCUCCACACUCAGCAGGAAGGACGACCUACCAGGGAGCAGUGCAUGUCGGUAUUUUCAGGACGAAGAGUGACCUGCAGCAUACACAUGCAGAAGGUGGGGUCACCCUGGGGUCAGUGGAUUCGCUCCCGACUCGUUGACCUCAUCCAUGUCCAGCAGGUCAGCCGCAUCUCCGGGGUCGGAAUGGAUUGGCGCGAGAUACAAACAACACGGUAGCCUUGGGGAGGUGGGGAGGGCUGUUUCCUUUAUUUGAUCUCGAGGCUGGCAGCUGUUUUCGGAAAUACUUUUAUUUCAUUCUUUUUUUUUUUUUCUUGUUGUCCUCACUGCAAACCACCCGUAUUCAUCCCCGACAAGUCUAGAGGCUUUCUUCGAUUCGUUUGCUCAGCGCAUUCUUAUAAAAUCUGAAUCCAUGUGAGAUACGUAGUUUUUAUUGUCUCUGAGACCCUCGCUUAACCAGGUUUCCGUGACCGAGACAAUUCACGUGACGAAUACUACGUCACGACGUAUACUAUGAACAUGACAUGCUACGCACGUCACUCAUGCCAUGAACACGAUGUACAAGACCUUUGUUACGCACACGAUGUAUACGACGUAUUCUGCGUGAACACGAGUGACGUAUAUUACGUGAUAUAUACGUCACGCACACACUCCGUGUAAACUGUUUAGAAAGAAGUUGUGCAGCUGACCACUAAUCACAUUGUUUGUCCUUUCUUCCUUUAAUACAUUUCGAUGUGACGUUUCUUUCUCUUGCACAACGCACACGACUUGCAACACGAACGUCACCUGAAGAUUAUGAACAAAGUUGUCUUGGGGUAUCCACCUCACUUUCUGUUCUCUAGUCUGUUAUCUAAUCUGUUAUCUAAUGUGUGCACCAUGAUUACGCAUCUUUAUCAGUGUUAUUAUCAUUGUUAUCAUCAUCAUCACAUCUUCCUGUCGAGAACUGAUCUCCACGGAGGAAGCUUGAGUAUCACUCGCCGCCUGGCCACGCCCACAGCACGUGACCCAACGUGAGCAGUGUGUGAGCACGUGAUGUGUUGACGAGGACAACAAAAACCGUUAAGGCCCCUCAUGUGAGGUAAUGAAGCACAAAACAAGCCAGGGAACUGAGAUUUUUUUCUGCAAAUAUGUUUUGACAGAUCAGUUGGGUUGUAAACAUGUUUAGAACUGAUGUGUGCGUCACUGGAUCUUGAUUACACGUGCAGUAGAUGUUGA